AUGAAUGUUCUUAGAAAGCAAAGCCAGGAUGAGAUCGCCUUCUUCGCUCAGCUCAUCCGAUCGCGAGGCGUGGGCAGGGAUCUAUCCGAGGCGCUGCGCGUCCACUCGCAACUCCUUGGCUCGCCCCAUCUCAGCAAGAACAGAUUUCUCUCCAAUCUCCUCGUCGAGAUGUAUGGAAAGUGUGGCAGCAUUGACAACGCGCGCGCUGUUUUCGAUGGAAUCCAUGAGCCCAAUAGCUUCUCCCACACGCUCAUGGUCUCGGCGCUCGCGCACAACGCGCGACUGGAAGAGGCGAUGGCGCUGUUCUUGAGGAUGGACGGCCGGGAUGUCAUACCCUGGACGGCCAUGAUUGGUGGGUGCGCGAUGGCGGGGGAUCUUAAGCAGGCCAAGCACUUCUUUGAUCGAAUGCCACAAUGGAACAUCGUGUCGUGGAACGCGCUACUCCAGGCUUUUGCCACGAGUGGGGAUUUUGCCAGUGCAAUGGAAAUCUUCGAAGAGAUGCCGGAGAAAAACAACGUUUCCAUCAAUACUCUUUUGAGAAGCAUGAACCAGCUUGGUUUUUGCGAUUGGGUGAUGACGGUUUUUGAGAAAAUGGAAAACCGAGACAUCGUUUCGUGGACAGAGUUAGUAUCGGCAAAUGCCGCAUGCGGGUAUCUUGAAGAUGUGUGGCAUAUACUUAGAAAGAUGCCACAAUGCGACGUCGUUGCGUGGACCGCCGUGCUAGUGGGUUUUGCGGAAAACGGUAAUUUGGAAUAUGCUAGGGCAGUGCACGAAAAGAUGCCCCAGCGUGACAACGUUGCGUGGAACGCGAUGGUCCAAGCAUAUGCCCUUCGAGGGCAAAUAGAGGAGGCACGGCUCAUGUACGACCGUACGCCCAAGCACGACGUUGUCUCGGCGACGCUCAUGGUCUCGGCAUAUGCGCAGUACGGAGACGCCAUAGAGGCUCAAAAGGUGUUUCGAUCCAUGAAGAAAACCAACGUUGUGUCUUGGAACGCAAUGAUCCAGGCUUACAUCCAUAUCGGCGAUUUGGAGGCCGCAAAAUCGAGUUUUGAUGAGAUGCCACAGAGGGAUGUCGUGUCGUGGAAUGCAAUGGUUGCGGUCUUUGCUCAGAAUGAGCAGCAGCUCCAAAUCGCGAGGAGUUUCUUUGAUCGUAUGCCGCAAACGAAUGUGAUCUCCUGGAACACGAUCAUGACGGCGGUCGCGAGCAGUGGACACUUGGAGGUCACUCUGGAGAUCUUUGCGGGCAUCCCACAGCGGAGCCUUGUGUCGUGGAAUGCGAUGGUCCAGGCGUAUGCUCAAAACGGGCACAUCGAACAAGCCCAGCAAACUUUUGAUCUCAUGUCGUGUAGAGACGUCUACUCGUGGAAUCUGAUCGUCGCCACUUACAACAUGGUGAAGAAACUCGAUCAAGCGACCAGAUAUUUCAUGGAAAUGCCCGAGGCCAACUUAGUCGCGCAAACAAACAUGGUUUCGGGGUAUGCCCACAACGGACAUCUCACAAAGGCCAGAGAGCUGUUUGAUAGUAUGAAGCAGCGCAACCUCCUUGCAUGGACCACCAUGCUCACGGGAUAUGCCCAAAGGGGGCAUAGCAGCGAAGCCUUUGAGCUCUUCCAUCUCAUGGGACUGGAAGGGAUCGAGCCCGACGAGCUCGCAUUCAUCGCGGUUCUCACGGCACACAGCCAUGUCGGACUCCUCAAAGAGGGUCUCGAGUGUUUCAAGUCGAUGAUCGCGGACAGGAAAGUCUCCCCAGUUCUCCAACACUACCACUCCAUACUUGAUCUCCUGGGCCGCGCGGGAGAGAUUGUGGAAGCCGAGAACUUGAUCUACUCCAUGCCAUUUCUCCCGGACGAGGUCUCGUGGACGAUCUUGCUGGGAGCUUGUCGAGUCCACCGCGAUUCCAAGCGAGCCAAAGAGAUCGCAGAUACGAUGAUGAAUGUGGAUCCAUCAAAGGGCGCUUCGUACGUGCUCUUGUCAAACGCUGUUGUGGAUCAUUCCCGCCAUCUAUGA